AUGGGGACUGUACCGGAUCCUCUAAGAUCUGCUAGGCUUUCGUUGGUUGCAGCUCCGGAGGAGAAAAAUGGCCUGAGAGAGCCGCCCUCUCCUAAAACCCAGCGCAAGCAAGCAAGCAUAGAGACGAACAGUAAUGGCUUCCCUCUUGCUGCCAAGGAGCGAACUGCUGGAGAUCAUUUGCUUGAGAUGAGCUGUGCCACAGCAGAAGAUAAGCACAGGGAUGAGCAGUGCUGUGGGCAUGACACUAAUCAAGCAAGCAUGCUUUCUCCUGGGUCUUUAAGCCCAUCCAAAGAAGGCCAUCAGGCUGUUCUGGAGCCUGAACAGGACGGCAGCAAUGGUGCCAGAGACCCGGCUGCAGCGGAGGGCUGUGGGGCUGUGCAGAAGGCGGUCAAAAGGCUUCCUGCUCAGGAGGCCAGUGAGGUUACUCAGAGUGACGACAGAGGGCAAUUCUGUAGGGCCACCGACAAGGUGAAUUCCACCCCUGGAGUUGGUGCCAAGGACAGCAAAGACCAUGGUUGUAUUUCUUCAUGCCUUCCGUCCACAGCACAACAAGCGUCUCCAGCAGCGAAGGAAACUGUAGGUGAAACGACUGAUCCUGAGAGGACUCACCUUUCGGUGAAGGAGUCUGGAGCUGCCUCUGGUCCUGGGGCCGAGUCCCCUGUUUGCUUGGAGGCUGAGCUGAUGGCCAGAAAGGAUUCGGAGCGAAUAGAUGGAAAGGAUGCCAGUCCCCAUCCCAGGGCUGAGGUUGUGCCAGAAACGUUACAGAAACCCAAUCUUGAGAGUGCAGCACAGCUAUCCGGCAAGACAGAGGCUGAAAAGAAGGCGGUGGCAGAGCUUUCCAAAUUCAGAGACACGGGCACAAUGACAGUGCAAAUGGACAGUGGCUCUGCGGGUGGGGAGGCGGUGCGCAAGGACCGCCAAGAUGCCGAGGUCCAGGCUGUGGCCAGCGUGGAAAACAAAUCCGCUUCCACCAGCCCGAGUAUCUUUGCUGCGUUCUUGAGAGAGAGCGCACAUCCCGAGACACAACCGACGCAGGAGCAGUUGCACGUUAUUUAUACAGGAGUCGGUGGGAAGGAACGAUCCGACGUUGUUGACGGUUUUGCUCCCCCAGUGGGCAUCAUGCCUGACGUGCAUGUUCAGGCACUGGCCGCGGUAGAUACGUCAGGAAGUCAGGCUGGCAGGCUUCAAAGCGACCCAGUGGGGAUGCACGACACUAUAUGCUCGUCUUUGUCGGACAAUGGGAAGCAUCCGUGCUCGCUAGCCUCCGGUAGCGCUCAAGAAACACCAGUCACCAGGGUAGAUGCACAAAAGGCUGCCGCGGCUAAAAAUCGGGGCGAUUCUCAGCAACCAGCCGGCGCUUCGGUCUCGUUGAAGACCAGACCUGUUUACCAGAUUACUGUCAACAGCAGCAAUCAGCCCCUGGCUCCUUCACAACCUGUGAACGUCGAAACCAAGCUACCUCCCUCUGCCGUUCUCUCUGGACUCGAUAGCAUACAUCAGGACCCCGGGCCCCAUGUUUCAGAAAACAACCAGGCUUCUCCAUCUUGCCAGCGAGUGUCUGAACAGGCUGCAUGCACUGUUGUUAGCAAAAGAGGGCUGCAUUUGCCAAUCCAGACUGUUAGUGGUCUUGAAACUGGUCCAGCUAGUUCCCACAAGGACGUAAAACCAAAGAGGGAGGAAAAGUUUGUCCCUCUUCAUCCGAGCGAGCAGGAGAUGAGUAAAACGGGAGCCACUGCUGGGCCCCAGACUGCAUGUAGUCCUAGCGGAGGGAAGAGAGAGCAGCUUAAAUUUCCAGAACAUAACAAAGAGGUGAAACUCUCUGGCAGUCAGAGUCUGACAGCUGGUCCGGUGUCUGAGUCACGUAAAAGUCCCGUCCCUGCUCGAGGAGCUCAGGGCGCCAAAGGCAGUGAAAUCAGAAAGGAAGCCAAGCUCGAUAAGAUGGUGUCAUCUGCUCAACACAGACUACAUCUUGGUGGCAAUAAGAAGGAAUCCAGGCCAGCCGCCGAGGCCAAAGUGCAGCUGAAGCAGUCCAAACGCAUCAGGGACGUCGUGUGGGAUGAACAAGGCAUGACCUGGGAAGUCUACGGGGCUUCCCUCGACCCGGAAUCGUUGGGGAUUGCUAUCCAGAACCACUUGCAGAGGCAGAUCAGGGAACACGAAAAACUGAUAAAGUCCCAAAGCGCCCCAAACCGGAAAUCCAUUUCUUCGGAUACGUCGUCAAAUAAAAAACUGAAGGGAAGGCAACACAACGUUUUCCACUCCAUGCUGCAGAACAUCCGGCGCCCUAAUUGCUGCGUCCGCCCCACUGCCUCUUCUGUGUUGGACUGAAAGAUUGGGGAAUGUGGGUGGGGAGGUGACAGUCAUCCAUUU